CUUCUCAUGUCCUCUCAUGUCUUAUCAGGGUGCAGAGUUGAGUGUCUGCUUAUCCCUUUCUCUGCUCCAUUACAAGCAUUUUCUCUUUCUGCGAGCUGGAAGACAACAUGACGAACACAAACAACUUGUAGCGAUGGAUGAUGGCUGCUGACAGUCUUGUGGCAUCUUUUUGAUGCCAUUCUGGGAAGGUGAAGUCAUAUAUCGGGGUGAGCUUGGCACAGUCUAAAAGCGUGAUGGAGAUAUACGACCCGUGCCACAGCAAACGCUACAUCGACUCCUGGGAAAGCCCUGUGAUCAGCGCCAUCAUGUUUGCCGCCGGCAUCCUUGGCAACGUGGCCGCCCUAGUGAUCCUGGAGAUUCGACGCCGGCGCAACAUGAAUACCGCAGGCAGUCGGGGACGCGCACUCUUCCAUUUCCUCAUCACGGCACUCGUGCUGACGGACUUGGGUGGGACAUGUCUGAUCAGUCCACUUGUCCAGCUGUCGUACUCCAACAACAUCACCUUGGAGGGAAUGUCGCCAGAUACUCACGGCGUCUGCUCCUACUUCGGAUUCAGCAUGACCUUCUUCAGCUUGGCCACCAUGUCACUGCUCUUCACCAUGGCUCUGGAAAGGUGCUUGGCUAUCGGUUACCCCUACCUUUAUACCCGGCACGUCACCAAGAAAUGUGCCUACGUCACCAUACCGGUCGUCUUUUUCCUCUGCUUUCUAUUCUGUCUCUUUCCUUUUGUGGGUUUUGGUACAUACGUACAAUAUUGUCCCGGUACGUGGUGCUUCAUUGACAUGAACCCAGAGAGGACCGAGGACAGGGUCUACGCCAACCUGUACGCCACCAUGAUGUUGGUUCUGGUGCUGGCGAUAGUGGCAUGCAACGCCUUUGUGGUGUACCAACUGCUGCGCAUGUACCAGCGCCGCAGGAUCAACCGAGGCUCCGUCAUGGCCAACGUGCGCCCAAACGGUGAGCGCAGGCCCAUGUCUUUGGCUGAAGAAGUGGAGCAUCUCAUCCUACUGGUCAUCAUGACUAUCAUCUUCAUCAUCUGCACAGUGCCCCUAGUGGUUCGUGUGUACAUCAACUCGGUUGGCGUCCGCAAAGAAUCCCACGACGUGGAUCUGAUUGCCCUCCGUUUCAUCUCGGUCAAUUCCAUCAUCGACCCGUGGGUUUUCAUCCUCCUCUCUCCCGGUGUGCUGCACUUCUGCUGGGCCUCCACCUGCAAAACUCCAUCAAGAUCUUUAAAGGCUUCUGGAUUCCAAUCCUCAAUAGACAAAGACAUUCGAACAAACGUUGAGCUAUCUUGUGUGCCUCGAGAAAAUGUAUGACGAUACAAGUCCUUUUUAUUCCCUUCUAUUUAUUUUCAAUGCUAAAAUGUUACAGUGUUGGAUAUAUUUGAUAACCAAGGCUCAGAGGUUCUGUCACUUGUGUUUAUUUGCUAUUGGGGGAGUGUAUUCUUAUCAGCUGGUGGCAGUCCCUUAUCAUGUUCCAGACAUUUCUACUUGUAGUUCAGUAUUUUUCGACAUGCUUUGUCAAGUAUUUAUGUGUCAAAUAGUCAGCUCAGACAAUGAUAAACAAAGAACAAAAUGUUGGUUUAGGCUUAAUUAAUGUAGUAUAACCAACUCAAACCUAAAGAGGUAGGGUUAGACCAACGUUUGACAAAGACACAGUAUUUCCUGUGUGGCCAUACCUCUAAUGGUGCAAACACCAGUUGAAAUACUUCAAACCAGACAUCUUUUGGCUUGGAAACAAAACUAUUUGUAAUCCGGCAAACCCCCGAGCUUUAUUGACUCCAACGCCAAACUGUGACCUGCUGAGGUAACCUUUAACCUCCCACAAGAAUGUCUCUCAUUACUGCUGCGUUUUUUUUCCUGAAUGUGAGACCAAGAGACAUUAAGGAAGGUCCCCUGUUUGCACCAAAAGCACUGCAUCAUUUAUCACUAGGAAGCCCUUCGCUCGGGUAAAAGAUUUCCUGUUAAUCUUUGUGGUUUGACCUUUCACCGCACCGCAAAGAUCAGGUGUUAUUUUUUCUUCUCAAAUCAGGACGUUGACGUGAGGCUGUGAUUCUCAACCGUUGGGUUGAAGGUCUUUGCCAAACAAAUGUAGAUAUAAUGUGAGAACCUCAAAUACACAUCGCAUUCUUGUCUGUGCUAGUCGCUUGCUACGCCGCCAUGAGGGGCACUCUCUUUCUGGGCGACUUUGUCACGCUUAAGCGGGAGGGGAAGGACGCAGAACGGGAACUUAUCUGUCCGUGGCUCAGGAAAUGGUGGGUUCUGUGAGGGAUGCGGCUGCAGAUAUUUGCCAUUAUCUCACCACUGCAGCUCGUAGAGUCCUAUUCUCCCAAGUGCUUGAAUGGAAAAAAAAAAAAAAACGCGCAGAUGUGCAGCAAUCUCCCCCUGGAUGUAAUCAUCGUCAUCCAAGAGACGCACUCUGGGUGGAGCAACCCUAAAAUGUAUGCAAGGCAAUGCAUGUAACGAUUUUGGCUGGACUGUGAUCAUUGAAGUAUGCAAAUAUUUAAUAGAAACAGAGUCCAAAACGUUAUAAAAAGGACGAACAGGUCAACAACAAAAAAAUGUAGCAGCCUAACAGAACUAUCCAUCCAUCCAUUUUCUACCGCUUGUCCCUCACGGGGUCGUGGGGGGUGCUGGAGCCUAUCCCAGCUGCACUCGUGCGGAAGGCGGGGUACACCCUGGACAAGUCGCCACCUCAUCGCAGGGCCAACACAGAUAGACAGACAACAUUCACACUCACAUUCACACACUAGGGCCCAUUUAGUGUUGCCAAUCAACCUAUCCCCAGGUGCAUGUCUUUGGAGGUGGGAGGAAGCCGGAGGGAACCCACACAGUCACGGGGAGAACAUGCAAACUCCACACAGAAAGAUCCAGAGUCCAGGAUUGAACCCAGGACCUUUGUAUUUUGAGGCACACGUACUAACCCCUGUUCCACCGUGCUGCUCAAUUGUUGUACAGUCAAUGUCAAACUGUUAUCCGUCAUUCGCGCACGCAAACACACACACACACAAGAUACACAAACCAUCCAUCCAUCUAUUUCCUACCGCUUGGGAUCGCGGGGUUGCUGGAGGCUAUCCCAGAUGCAUUCGGGCGGAAGGCAGGGUACACCCUGGACAAGUCGCCACCUCAUCAUAGUACGGCUUCACAAACAUUUCUACUAAAUCGAAGGUUUAACACAGGGGUAGGGGACCUAUGGCUCUAGAGCCAGAUGUGGCUCUUUUGAUGACUGCAUCUGGCUCUCAGAUAUAUUUUACCUGACAUUGCUUAACACGAUAAGUAAUGAUUAAUUCCGCUGAUAAUCACAGUGUUAAAAAUAACCACAUAUCAACCAGACUACAAAGCCAUCAGCAAAACCAUGCAGCACCAGAAGUCGCAUUAAUGGUAAGAAGUAUUGUAUUUAUUAUUGGUUAGCUUCAGAAUAACAAUGUUAUUAAAAAGAAUAAGAAACUUAUUAUACUCUAAAAAUGUUGGUCUAACUUAAAAAUGCACGCAUUUGUGUUGUAUUCAGUGUUAAAAAAAAAUGUAUACGGCUCUCACGGAAAUACGUUUUAAAAUAUUUGGCUUUCAUGGCUCUCUCAGCGAAAAAGGUUCCCGACCCCUGGUUUAACAUAUUAUCAGGGUGGUUACACUAAAUAAGUGACACAAAGUUUCAGCUAAAGAUUGAUAGUCUCGCGCAGCCUGGACAAACUUGAAGUGUUAUCUUUUCCGUGGAUUUCAAUGAAAAUGAAAAGUGCCAGUAAAACUUCAUGUUUAAUAUUUUUCAAAUUACUUUUCGUAAGUAAUGAGGCCCCCUUUAUUCACGGUUUAAGCGCCUGUGCCUAACGUACAUGUGUCCGCAGGCUGGGUGGCAAAAUAUGAAAAUCGGAAACGUACAAAACUUCAAGCAUGUAGAAAAACACUUAAGCGCAAACAAGAGAAUAGGGCUGUGGCCCGGUGCAAGUCACCCAAAGACUUCCAGGUACGACGGGAAAGAAGCCGGGGAGGUUUGUGGGCUUCUGGAAUCUUAGUCAUGACCUUAACCUUUUCUUAAAAGAAAAGUUUUACCUGAGUUGGAAGCACAGCAAGGCUUUACCAAAAUCCUAGGGUACUUGAAAAGUGUUCUUUUCUCUUGGAAACGGCAUUUAAAAACUUUUGAAAAGCUUUUAAAAACAGGACCAAUCUUUUCAUAAACUGUGGAACUUGAAACAUGUAUACGGUAGCGUGUGUGUUUAUCCGUCUUUUGAGGACAUAACAGUGUUGCCUAAUUCUCUUUGUUGUUGUGUGCUGCUGACAGAAGAAUGUUUAUAGUUUACUGACUUGCUGCUUCCUGUACAUGUGACGUGUCAGAGCAGUGUGUGUGUGAAUGUGUGUAUGUGUGUGUGUGUUCAGUGAUGAACAUAUUGAGUGUGUGGUGAAGACAAGCAGCAAAGGAAUUAACUUAAUGCUAUGUAAAAGCUAACGUCAAGUGGAAGUCUUGUACCGUGUAAUGACAUUGUAUGAAGUACAAUAAAGUACUGAAGUUGAGCUCAC